AAACCGAAGGUGGACACUGUUAAGUCGUUCUUGAGUAGCGGCUGUUGGUGAACCUAUUCUCCAGCGUGUCUCGAUCUUCCUAGUGAACGUGUCAAUUACGGUGUAGUUAGUGUGUAAAUUAGUACAAGGACAUUGAAGAAAUAUGGGCGAGAAAAGCGUAUCCGAUACUGGAGGUAAUAAACAUCAGAAAGACAAGGCUCCGAAUAUCCCCAAGAGUGGCCACGAGGUACGUAAAAACAUGGAACGUGGUCUGCACGAGCGGGAUCGUGUUGGUGUCCAGGACUUCGUUCUCCUCGAGGAUUUCGAGAGCGAGGUGGCUUUUAUCGAUAAUCUACAAAAGCGUUUCAAUGAGAAUCUAAUCUAUACAUAUAUUGGUCAAGUGCUGAUAUCAGUGAAUCCCUACAAGAAAUUACCAAUUUAUAAUCCAGAAACUAUUCAGUACUAUCACGGAAGAAACUUCUUUGAGGCUGCACCACACAUUUUUGCGCUUGCUGAUACUGCUUAUCAGUCUUUGUUGAAGGAGAAUUUGGAUCAAUGUAUUCUCAUCUCUGGCGAAUCCGGUUCAGGAAAAACUGAAGCUUCGAAAAAAGUACUAGAGUUUAUUGCGGCUGCCACCGGUCACAAGAAACAAGUGGAAGAAGUAAAUGAUAAAUUAAUCGGUAGUAAUCCGGUGCUCGAAGCUUUCGGAAACGCGAAGACUAAUCGGAAUGAUAAUUCAUCGCGUUUUGGCAAGUACAUGGAUAUCCAAUUUAAUUUUCAGGGAGAUCCAAUCGGUGGAAACAUUUUGAAUUAUCUACUCGAGAAAUCACGAGUAGUGCAUCAAUCUUUAGGAGAACGUAAUUUCCAUAUAUUUUAUCAAUUAAUAGCCGGAGCUAAUGAGGAAACUUUGCGGAAAUUAUAUCUAAAAAAAAACUUAGAUACAUAUUAUUAUCUCAGUAAUGGAACAAAAGACACUAUAAAUAAUAUCGAUGAUGUUUCUCAAUAUAAUGAAGUUAUGAAAGCAAUGAAAACCAUGGAAAUGAGUCAAAAAGAACAGGAUGACUUAUUUGCAAUAGUGGCAUCAGUAUUACAUAUGGGAAAUGUUGGUUUUACCGAAGAAGAUGGUGUCGCGCAAAUUUUGAAGCCAGCUUCUGUUGAAGCUGUUGCUUCGUUAUUGGGUUGCGACAUCAAACAAUUAGCAGAGGCUUUUACAAAUCGCACUAUAGAUGCUCAUGGUGAUGUGGUUAUUUCUCCACUAAACAGAGAAUUUGCCAUUUAUGCACGAGAUGCAUUAGCAAAAGCUGUAUAUGAUAGAUUGUUCACAUGGCUGGUGACUAGAUUGAAUAAAUCUUUGCAACCUAUUAAUAAUCCUAAAAAGAAAAUGGUCAUAGGAAUUUUGGAUAUUUAUGGUUUCGAAAUUUUUCAGAAGAACAGCUUCGAACAAUUUUGUAUAAAUUACUGUAAUGAGAAAUUACAACAACUAUUUAUUCAAUUAACGUUAAAGUCAGAACAAGAGGAAUAUUUAAGAGAAGGAAUAACAUGGGAAAAUGUUCAAUAUUUUAAUAAUAAAGUUAUAUGUGAUUUAAUUGAAGAAAAAUAUAAAGGUAUAAUAUCUUUAAUGGAUGAAGAAUGUCUUCGUCCUGGAGAACCAACAGAUUUAAGUUUUCUGGAAAAAUUAAAUGUAAACUUAAACAAUCAUCCCCACUAUAUAAGCCAUAUGAAAGCGGAUCUACAAACGCAAAAAGUUAUGGGGCGUGAUGAAUUCAGAUUAGUGCAUUAUGCUGGCGAAGUAACAUAUAAUGUUCGUGGGUUUCUUGAGAAGAAUAAUGAUUUAUUAUAUAGAGAUUUACGUGAAGUAAUGUCACAUACGACGAAUUCAAUUAUUAAGAACGUGUUUGAUGUAAAAGAUUUGACAAGCAAAAAACGACCAGAUACCGCUAUUACACAAUUUAAAAAUAGUUUAAAUAAUUUAGUGGAAAUUCUUAUGGGGAAAGAACCUUCAUAUAUUCGUUGUAUAAAACCUAAUGAUUAUAAAAUGCCCAAUCAAUUCAACGAUAAAAUUAUCUUGCAUCAAGUAAAAUAUUUAGGUCUUAUGGAAAAUCUAAGAGUGAGACGAGCUGGUUUUGCCUAUAGAAGACCAUAUAAACAAUUUCUACAACGUUAUAAAUCUUUAUGUCCACAAACGUGGCCUAACUAUCAUGGUUCUGCUAAAGAAGGUGUACAAAUCCUCGUAUGUCAUCUUGGUUUCGAACAAGAUGAAUAUAAGAUGGGCAACACAAAAUUAUUCAUUCGAUUCCCUAAAACAUUAUUCGAUACGGAAGAUGCUUUUCAAAUGAAGAAACAUGAUAUAGCUGCUAUUAUUCAAAGUAAAUGGAAAUGUAUACUAAUAAGACGAAGAUAUCUUCAUUUGAGACAGGCAGCAAUAGUUUUUCAAAAGUAUAUUCGAAGAUGGUUAGCAAAACGUGAAGCUGAAAAGAGACGAAAAGCAGUUAUUACUAUUCGACGAUUCAUCGAAGGAUUCAUUACACGAAAUGGGCCACCAACUGAAAUUAAUGUUGCUUUUCUCGAAUUAGGAAAAAAACAAUGGUUAAUUAAACUCUCUAAAACACUUCCAGUUGGUAUUUUAAAUAAUCAUUGGCCACCAUGUCCAUAUAUUUGUCGAGAAGCUUCUGAACAUUUACGUAUCAUGUACAAAAAAUGGAAAGCACGUAAUUACAGAUUAGCUUUGUCAAAAACAGAUAAAAAACAGUUCGAAUUAAAAAUUUUAGCUGAAUUUUUAUUCAAAGACAAAAAGAAAUCGUAUGCAAAAAGUUUUGGACAAAAAUUCCAAAUUGAUCGACUUGGUGCCGAACACAUAAUGUUGAAAGAAAACUUUAUUAAUAAUAUUCUUUCCAGAGAUGAAACUAUACAAUAUAUAACUCCUGUUAUUAAAUAUGAUCGACAUGGUUACAAGCCCCGCGAAAGAGUACUAAUUUUAACAGAAAAUGCUGUAUAUAUUUUAGACAUCUUAAAAACAUUCAAACUUAAACAUCGUUUACCUUAUAAAUCCAUUUUAGAAUUAGUUGUUACUGGAGAAUCAGAUAAUUUAUUGAUUGUUAGGAUACCACCCGAAUUAAAAAAGGACAAGGGUGAUUUAAUUUUGGAAGUGCCACAUAUAAUAGAAGCAUUAACAAAAGCAAUUGAUAUUACUAACAAUCCAAAUAUUCUUAAAAUUGUUAAUACAGAAUCAGUCUCACAUAAACUAGUCAGCGGUAAAGAAGGUGUAAUCGAAUUCAGAACUGGUACAACUCCAGCCAUUAGUAAAAACAGACAAAGCGGACAUUUACUAGUGGUGGCCUCUCCAUAAUAUCCAAACAAUAUUUUAAAUGAUCUUGUACUUA